AUGGACAACAUGUUCUCCAGCAACAACAGCGCUUCCCGGGGAAACGCCAGCUCGCAUUUCUUCCAGGUCGGAGUAGAGGUGAUUAUAGUGCCCAUCGUCUUUGGCUUGAUAUUCUUUCUCGGCGUUGUUGGGAACACCCUGGUGCUGAUCGUCCUGGGACGGACCAAAUCGAGGAGUUCGGAGAGUACAAGCAACAUCUUCAUCCUGAACCUCAGCGUCGCCAGUCUCUCCUUCCUGGUGUUCUGUGUGCCCUUCGAAGCCAUGAUUUACUCGUUCCCCGAAUGGGUGUUUGGCGCUUUCCUUUGCAAGGCGGUGCACUAUUUUAAGACGGCGACCAUGCUGGUGAGCAUCUUCACCAUGGUGGCCAUGUCGGUGGACAGAUACAUCGUCGUGGUCCACUGCAAGCGGCGGCCACGCAUCCGGAACAGGAGGAACGCCUCAGCGGGAGUGGCUCUCACCUGGCUGCUCUCGCUGCUGGUCGCCGCGCCCGUGGCUCAGCAUCAGAAUCUGUAUUCGGAGGACUGGAAAGCCCCGAACAAAUCCUUCUGCUGGGGAAUCUGGCACAACGAGAUCCAGCAGCAGGUCUACAGCGUGGGCAUCCUGAUCAUCGGCUACCUGCUGCCCUUGCUGCUGAUCUGCUUCUGCUACGCUAAGAUCUUGUUUCAUCUCCAUAAGAAGAUGAAGAACAUGUCGAAGAAAUCAAAGCGAUCCAAGAAAAAGACUGCCCAGAUGGUCAUGCUAGUCGUUGUUGUGUUUCUUCUUUCUUGGUUGCCUGACCACAUCAUAACCAUGUGGGUACAAUUUGGAAGUUUCCCUCUAACCGAUGCAUCGUUAGCAUUCAGAAUUAUCUCCCACUGCAUGGUGUAUGGGUAUUCCUGUGUGAACCCCAUAAUAUAUGCAUUUCUUUCGGAAAAUUUUCAGAAAUCCUGCCAUCAGGUCUUUGUGUGCAAUUUCCUUUUCCCACGUCCCAUUGAGAAAAAAGUCGUAAGGAUUCGCAUGGAUACCUUUUCUACAAACAAUUCAAAAGCACACCCUUGAAAGCAUUGCCUUCAGCCUGAAUGCUGGCUAAGUUCACAGCUCGUAGGCAUGCACUUCUAGUUGGAAUAAACAGUCACAUUAAUUGAAUCUAGAAUUCAAAACGUUCUUAAAAUGUUGACGAUGAUGACGACAAAUAUCCGAUCAGAUAUCAGAAUGCUGUGACAGCAAACCAGCUUCCUAAUAGUUAAAUUUGUACCAACCUCAAAUGAUCUAACGUGAACAGAUGAUGGUCAAAUAUUUUGUUUGGUGGCCACCAGUUAAUAAGAGCAAAUUCUUCAUAUGUCAAGUAGGUAUGGACUGUUCUUCACAGUUCUGAGAGAGAGUUGAAAUGCAAUGAGGUUAGACAGACGGCACUAAAGAGAAUUCUAAACAGAUGAAAGACUUCAGAUGCUCAGAAUGGCUGUGUUAGGGUAGUAGGCUUUCUACCAAUCAUUGUGGCAUUUUGUGGUAUUCCUAUUUAACACCACAAUUUUACAUUCGUUGUUUGAAGGUGCCUAAUCAGCAAGGCCAUGUUCUCACAUUUUAAUUCAGACUAUAAGACACAGGAGCAAAAUUAGGCCAUUCAGCUUAUCAAGUUUUCUUAAUAAAACAGGUCUCAAUCUGAAUUCUUCCAGAAUUCGAAACUGGAUUCUGUUUUGACCCUGUGCAGUUUGAUUUCAUUUUAGCUUCCAGUCAAACAUGAAAACUGAUGACACAGUUUGACAUUAAGUCUUUGAGUUAGAAUUCGUUAACAUGUUUAAUGUUCCUGACGAAGGGUCUCAGCCCGAAACGUCGACAGUGCUUCUCCUUAUGGAUGCUGCCUGGCCUGCUGUGUUCCACCAGCAUUUUGUGUGUGUUGUUUGAAUGUUCCCACCUUUGCCUUUGAGCAACAACAGUGAACUUGUAGCUCAUAAGCCAAAUUUGCCUUAAGAUUUUCUUGCCCCCGAUAUUCAACCACAUACAAGAUCCAAGAUAAGAUGCAUGGUACAGUAUCUUUGUGAUUUCCCUCAUUGCAGAGCAAGUGAUUUGGAGGAAAUGUCACACAGGAUCGGGGAGAGAGCAGAGGUAGAAGUUAUGACUGAUAAUUGCAUUGGUUAGAAGCUGGACAAAUUAUCUUGAGGAUGGGACUGUCAAACAGGUGAUGAGGGGAUGCUUGAUCCUAUAAUAAUUGUGAGUAGGUGAUCAUAGGAAUUAGACAGUGAGGUGACACAGAUGUUUGGUCACUCAUUGAGGGAAAGGGGUGGGGAUGCUUAUUAGUAGACCAAAGUUACAGGGGGCAGUUACCUAGCGGAAGGUGCCUCAGGCUUCAUUGCAAUGACCUGUCAUUGGCAUCAUCCGAUAUCGCUACAUGCACUACCAGCUCUGAAAAAUGGGAAGUGCUGACAACAAUUUUGCCAUCUGGUCUGUUGCUUCAAGUUGAUUGCUGUUCAAACAGAAUGAUUUUGGCACUCCUCCAGUUGAGUCAGCUCAAUAAAUAAUUACUUUUGUGAUUAAAAUAUUAAUAAUAACAGUAAACCAACGACUUAUGUACACUUAGACUAAAGAUGUGGCAAAGAUUCAUUAGGAGCAUAGAGUCAUAGAUCAAUAUAGCACAGAUAUAGGGCCUUCAGCCCAAUGAUUCCAUGCCAACCACUCUGCCCACUCAAUUAGUCCCAACAUCCUGCCUUCUGCCCUUAUCCUUCAUCCAAGUACUUCUUAAAUUAUGCUAUUGUACCUUCCUUUGGCACCUCAUUCAUAUACUCACCAACCUCAAUGUAGAUAGGUUGCCCCUCAGGUCCCUUUUACAUUGUUUUCCUCUCAUCCUAUAUAUGUUACCCAUAAUUUUGAAAACUGCUAUGCUGGGUAAAAGGCUGUUAUUGUCAUCCUUAUCUUUGCCUCUCCUAAUUAUAAACACUCCGUGUAAUAAUAUAGUCAUAGCCAUGUCCUCGAAGCUAACUUAGAGGAGUUAAAUUAAAGCAGAAGACGCUGGAACAAGAACUAGGGUUAAAUUUUCAAAACGGGGUUAUAUUUUCAGACUCUGUCAGAACACAGGAAAUGAGAAACAAGUUAGCUUUAAUGUGGAGGAAUCAGUACUCAUUUUUGAAGAAACUCAUUCACCAGUAGGAACCAAUUAUUUCAUACUUGGAUGACAAUAUUGUGAACAUGGCUACUAAGUUCAAGGACAACAGCAAAACUGGUGGUAUUGUAAACAGUAAUGACGGUUACCUUAAUUUAAAAAGGGAUUUGCACCGACUUGGAAAGUGGACCAGAAAAUGUCAAAUGGAAUUUAACUCAGUUAAUGCAAGGUAUUAUACUUUAGUGAGUUUAACCAGGGCAGUACCUACUUGGUAAAUGAUAGGGCCUGGACAGUUUUGAAGAACAGAUACUAUAGAUACCUCUGAAAGUAAAAACAUAGCUGGUGAAGAAGGCAUCUGGCAUGCUUGCCUUCAUCAGUCAAGGCAGUGAGUACAAAAAGGCAAUAUAAUGAUACAGCUAUACAAGACAUUGGUGAGACAAUACUUGGAGCAAUUCUGGUUUCCAGAGUAUGGGAAAGCUGGAAGGAGGGCAUUAAAUAUUCACAAGGAUCUUGCUGGGACUGGAGGUCUUGAGCUACAAGGAGAGAUGAGAAAGGCUGGGACAUUUUUCCCUGCGGUGUAGGAGGUUGAGGCACAAUCUUAUAGAGAUUAUUAAAAUCAUGAGGCGCAUAAUGGAGAUGAAUGGUCAGCUUUCUUUCCCCAGUGUAUUCAGGUAUAAAACUAGAGGGCAUGACUUUAAUGUGAGAUGUGACAGCUUUGAAAGGGGUCUGAAGGGCAACUAUUUCCACACUGAGGAUGGCGGGUAUAUGAAGUGAGCUAUUUAGAUGGGUAGGGAAAGGUUUAAAGGGAGAUGGACUAAAUGCAGGGAAUGGGACUAGUUCACAUAGGCAGCUUGGAUGGGAAUAACAAGUUGGACCAAAGGGCCUCUCUCCAGGCUGCAAAACUCUAUGACUUGGGACUGCUGAAAAAAGAAUGCCUUGUUUUGUCAAAACUGGCUGCAUGCCCCCAAUGCGCUUUGAUUUGCUUCUUCAUGGCUCAGAGUUGGGGCCUCUAAAAAAACAUCUCAAUCAUUCUGUGAAAAAUCCCCUCGUGAGUGAAUAAACCACUAAGUCUGUCAUAUUUGACCUGAAGUCACUUAGUACUCGUGUUAUCAGUAUUUGUGUCACUCAGUAUUAUCAGCACCGACUGUGUAGCUAGCUGUCCAUUGCCUGAUGUCAAAUGUUAAAUGUGCAGGAAGCAGAAAGUUACCGUUUAUGACACAGAUCAGAUACUGCUAAUAGGAAUGACCUUUAGUUAGAAUUUCCAUGGUGGCCAUCACUUCUACAGAGAGGAAGGACCUCCAGGCACAAGUGAAAAGCUGAAACCCUAACUGCAACAGAUUAUAGAUUUCAGUCAUAAGAGUUACAGAGUCAUACAACAUGGAAACAAGCACUUCAACCCAACCUGUCUGGGCUAGUCAUCAAGUACUUUGUUUUGUGGCUGGGUGUAAAGAGACAAAUCCCAAUUUUGCAUAUAAUAUACAUAAUUUGAUAAUAAAUGUAUUUUGAACUUUGAAGUACCUACUUAUAUUAUUCUCAUUUUUUAGUACCUGUCCAGUAACCGUCUAGUCUCAGUCUAGUGGUUAUUUAGGAGUACCUGUUUCCACCAUCUACUCAAGCUAUGCAUUCCAGAUUCCAUCCAAACUCUGGGUGAAACAUUCUUCUGCAAAUCCCCUCUAAGUUCCUAACCUUCAUCAUAAACCUAUGCCUUAUUGUUUUCAAUGCCUAUGCUAUCAUUUUCAUAGAAGAAUUGAACCCAGAUCAGUGAUUGCUAGCACUGUAAGUGUUGUAAUAACUGCUACACUACUGGGUUAAUGUUUAACAAACUGCUGACAUUAGCUAUUGCUUAUUACAUAAUUUUUAUUUGUACUUAAGUCCUGAUACAGCUGCAUUUUAUUUAUUAAGCAUUUUU